AUGGAGUAUGAAGUAUAUCGCCAUAAUGAAGCCUCCGACGAGGAUUUUGAGUAUAUCGAUAGCUUUUUCAAGAGAGUGCUCGCCGAAGACAAAUAUCUUUGCAAUGCCGCACAGAAGAACCUCAAUGCUGGCGUGUUUGUUAACGGGCAGCUCCACCCCGAACUGGAGAGCGCGCCUCUUUUCUUCCAAAAUACUGUCCGCUCUCUCCUCACAUCUCAUCGAAAGGAGGAGCAAAAAGAAAGUAGAGAAAUAUGGCCCGCCCGUCAAACCCCAGCAGGCUCAACCACAACGGAAGAUAUGGAUUUUUGCUCUGGGCUUGCAUGCUCAGCAGAGGGAAAGAGUGAAUUGGAGUGGUAG